AUGGGUUAUAUUAACAAUUUUUAUCUAUUCUAUCUAUCUAUCUAUCUAUCUAUCUAUCUAUCUAUCUAUCUAUCUCUAUCUAUAUCUAUUUCUGUGAUUUUUAUUGUGGUGGUUAUAUCUAUCUAUCUAUCUAUCUAUCUAUCUAUCUAUCUAUCUAUCUAUCUAUCUAUCUAUUCAUAUAUAUUUCUGUGGUUUUUGUUUUGUUUACGGCAUAUCAACCUCAAUGGGUUAUUUAAUGUUUUUGUUUCUAUCUAUCUAUCUAUCAUCUAUCAAUCCUCAUCUAUGGGUUUGUUUUGUUUUUUCAUUAAUGCCGACAAGAUUUUUAUUGCUGGUUCUAUCUAUCUAUCUAUCUAUCUAUCUAUCUAUCUAUCUAUCUAUCUAUCUAUCUAUCUAUCUAUUUCUGUGUCCGAGCCGCUAUUACACCACUCUACAUCCUAUCUAUCUAUCUAUCUAUCUAUCUAUCUAUCUAUCUAUCUAUCUAUCUAUCUAUCUAUCUAUUUGUGCGUGUGUGUGGGGUGGAAUUAA